AUGCCUGAACUCGAAAACCCUGACGGGCAACCGACCAGGUUUGAGGGCGACAGCUCCUCCAUCUAUCUGAUAGAAAGGACCAGCCAUGAAGAUGCGCUCGAAGCGACGGCCAUGAGCAGACCCCUUGUCGAUGAUGGCCAGGAGCCUCAGACGGAAACCCGUGUUUUCUCCUUCACCGGGGCGGUUGACGUGCCCCCGCACUCCCAACCGAUUCGUUCGAGGAGGCCCAGAAGACAACCACCGACUCGGCGGAGAGGGAGAAAAGGACACGAAAACACCAUCGCUCGUCAAGCUUCAAUGGAAAACAUGGGGCAACCUUUGACAUCGCCGCUGUUCACGGAAAGCGGGAAGCAACUGUUGGACAGUCGACCGGGGCUGCUCGAUUAUGAAAGGCUCAAAGACGAGCAAGCGGAUUGUACCCGAAUAUGUGAGGUGUUGAAAGCGGCCGCGUUCCGGUCGGGUGUCGGAAGGGACGAGCUUGACGACUUGAUCACGGCGACGCGGAAGGUUCAAGGCCACAUCUCGAGAUGCCAUGAUUUUGUCCACGAACCGUUGUCGGCAAGUCAAAUGGACGGAGCCGCCUGUUCCCGUCCAGAGUGCGAAAAAGGGGCGGCUGGAUUUCAAAAGCUCCGACCACUCCUUUCCAUGGCCAAGACGGUGCUCGACGCGUCAGAGGAGUAUUGCGUCGAGGCCCGGAGGACCGUCGUGCUAGCAGCAAUGGUCGACGACAACAAACGGAUUGGAGGAAAGGCGUCGCAAGCUGGGGCGGAGGAGGGAAAGGACCAGGAGAUGAUCAUCGACCUCCUGCAAAGGAACCGCACGCUCACCAACGAGAACCAGAUGCUGAGGGGUGAGGUGAGAGACCUUCGCUACCAUCAACAUGCGGCGAAAAGCGCCGACGCCAUCGUCCAGGAUGGGCAGCCCGAGAGCCACAGAGAAAACAUGGAGACGGUCAAGGCCGUGCCCGAGGACGGUUUGGAUAUCGCCGACAUGGCAGACAUGGAGGGAGCUGUACCGGAAAAUACAUUGCCGGCUGCAAUCCAAGUCGGACGCAUGCAACGUGACCCCCCCCUCUGGGAGGCAAGAUCAUCAACAACCUGCAUCUCCUUUGACGAGAACGGACGGGUCGCGGCCAGCCCACCGGAGAGUUGCGACGCCGGCCCUCGGACGAGAUCCCUGCAGGCCGACUUGGCCGUGCCGACAAGCGGCACAGCGUCACCCACGUUGCCCGCAGUGAUGACGGGAGGGAGGGCGAACCAUGACGCAAAAGCCACGAGGUUGGACGAGAGCAGGGCGGCCGUCGAGGCAGAGGGCGAGAAGCUGGAAGAGCUGAGAAUGCAGCUUGACAUGAUGUGCCGGGAAAGGGAUGAGUGGAUGCAGCGCCAUGACGACCUCGAGCGAGAGCAUCGUGCGUCGAGGGCGCAGAAAGACAGCUCGGUCGGACGAACGAGCUCGGCGCUGAGCUAUCGGGCCAUGAACUCGCUUCAAGACGAGCUGUGGGACAUGAUGGACAGCCCAGACCCAUGGGUCGGCCUGCCGACAAGUCCGGCGAGUACCCUCGCGCGGCAGGCCAUGUGCCGAGCGUCCAACGCGGCAGGCCUUGCGCCCCUACCGAGCGGAAGAUUGAAAAAGGUCUCGUUCGCGACAGACUCUGCGCGGGUCGAAGGCGGAACGGCGGCUGCGGAGCUGACGUCUCCUGGGAACAACUCGGUGCCGCAAUCCGCCUCGCUCGUCGGGGAAAUUGGCCGUUCGUGGAUCCAUCUCUUCUCCUUGCUCGUCUUUCUCCGCCAGUGGCUGCUGCAGAGCAUCAAGGGCUUGAUCUACAAGCACCGCGAGCACCUCCUAGGCCGGCCCAUUGCCGACGGCGUCGACUGGUCCGCGUGGCAGCCGCAGGCGGUCGCGGCCCAUGACAUGUCCAUGACCGACGUCUUUCACUUGCUGCGUCAGGGUUUCGUGCUGCUGUCGGCGCAGACGUGGCUCGCGUGCCAGGCCGAGCGACGGCUCUGGCUGGGCGCCAACGGCUUCACGCGCUCGUACCUCGUCAAGCAGGUGCGCGAGGAGGCGACGGCCUGGCGGGCGACCACGGGGGUGGACCCAUUACUUGGUUGGGACUGUGGGAGGCUUGUCCUCAUCGUCUUGAUUCAAAGUGCCGAGUGGUGGGCGCCGAGGCUCUGGGUGAGGCUGCAAAGAAGAUGGAACGGGACGGAUGGGGUUGGAACCGUGUGCCGGGACAUGUCUGCGCACUGA